AAGUACCGUACAUAUGGGCACCGUGAUCCGAAGAUAUAUAGGACCCACAUCUAACCGUAGGGACAUUGAAGAUAUAUAAAUAUAUAUUUUUUAAAAUUCUGUUUUGUGAAUUCUUCAUCCCAUUUUUCGAGGCAUUAUUAUAACUCAUGAGUCAGGGUGAGUAAUACUCUAACCAUACAAUCAUUCAUUCAUGGCAAACAAAGAUCCAGUGCUUUCUCCUUCUCUUCCAUGGAAGACUCGGAUCAGCGUGGGAUUGCUCUCAUUCGUCACUGAUACUGCUCGUCGAAACAACGGCACCAUUAACCGUCGCUUCCUCCGUCUCUUCGAAAUCAAAUCUCCCACCACUCCCUCCCCCGUCAAAGGAGUUUCCUCCUCCGACUACACCCUCGACUCAUCCCGCAACCUCUGGUUCCGCGUCUUCGUCCCUAGCUCCGCUUCCGCCUCCGCCCCCAAAUCACUCCCCGUCUUCAUCUUCUUCCACGGCGGUGGCUUCGCUUUCCUAAGUCCCGAUGCCUUCGCAUACGACGCCGCCUGCCGCAAAAUAGCCCGCAAAACCCCGGCCAUCGCCGUCUCCGUCAACUACCGUCUCUCGCCAGAGCACCGCUAUCCUUGCCAGUACGAAGACGGCUUCGAUGUCAUGAAGUACCUGGACGGAGAAGGAGCCCUCCCGGAGGAGGCUGACGUGUCCAAGUGCUUUCUCGCUGGAGACAGCGCGGGGGGCAACCUGGCACACCACACGGCAGUGCGUGUUUCGGAGGAGCGGGAGAAGUUCAAGGCGGUGAGGGUGUUGGGGUUGGUGACGAUACAGCCAUUUUUCGGGGGAGAGGAGAGGACGGAGGCGGAGCUGAGGCUGAGAACGGCGCCGAUAGUAGAAUUGCAGCGGACUGAUUGGAUGUGGAAGGCAUUCUUGCCGGAGGGCUCGAAUCGGGACCACGAGGCUUCGAACGUGAGUGGGCCCCGCGGCAAGGAUAUAUCGGGUUUGGCAAAUUUUCCGAAGACGCUGGUGUUCGUGGGCGGGUGGGACCCACUUCAGGAUUGGCAGAGGAAGUAUCAUCAGUGGUUGAAGAAAUCGGGCAAAGACGCGGAGCUUAUUGAGUACCCGGAUAUGAUCCACGCUUUUUAUUUGUUUCCGGAGAUUCCCGAGUCUCACCAACUCUUCACGCAAGUCAAGGAUUUCGUACUCAAUUGUAUCACUAAUUCCAAAUAGCCUUAUCUUUCUCUGUCUCCGAGAUUAUGUGGUGGGAUUGGAUCAAUAAUAUCAUAUUAUUUAUUGCAAA